AUGGAGGAAGAUUUGCUUACAAAAACAAGAAAGGCAGUGUCGUUCAAGGACAUCCUUACUGCACCAUACUCCAAUAUAGGAGAAAAACAACAAACACAAUAUGAGGACCAAGCAGUCGAUAUGAUCAUGGAAGAACGUACAAGCUCAAUUCAAAAUAUCGACGACGAAGAAGGGAUCUAUCUCACUGAAGCAGAACAACAGAGAAUAUACAAGCCAUGGAUAUACUCUAUUAUAAUAAAGAUUAUCGGACGGAAACUAAACCACCAAUAUCUGAAAAAGAAACUAAGUACUAUGUGGAGAGUCUCUGAGGAAAUCGUACUUAUAGAUCUGGGUUAUGACUACUACAUAGUAAAAAUUUUCAAAGAAGAAAAUCUACAAAAAACCUUACAGCAAGGACCGUGGUUUGUAAAUGGAUUUUUUCUAUCAAUCAAGAGAUGGCAUCCAAACUUUUUCGCAUCGGAAGCUAAGGAAACAAAGUCGGCAAUCUGGAUUAGGCUACCAGAAUUACCCACUGAAUUCUAUGACCACUCCAUACUAGCACGAAUAGGGAAGAAACUUGGGAAACUAGUUAAAAUGGAUGUAUGCACCUCAGAAGCACUCAGAGGAAGAUACGCAAGAAUAUGUGUGGAAGUACUUAUCGACGUUCCGGUACGAAAAUAUAUAUGCAUUGGGCAUUAUAAACAGCCUCUCCAAUAUGAAGGUUUGAACAUAUUAUGCUCCAAAUGUGGGGUUCUUGGGCACACAAACCAAAUAUGCCCCAAAAAUAUACCAAAUACAAGAAGUCCCACUAACGGGGAAGAGGAUGAGACGGCAAGGAAAAAACCACAAGAACAGGGGAGAGAUUUAACAACUAAGGAGGAGGCAUGGCAACUGGUUUCCUUCGAAAAAAGAGCAAGCAAUACACAAAAAUAA